UUUGUGUUGAAUUUUCACUUUAAUCCCUUGUUUUCACGAUCCUUUUGCUGCGGAAAAGUGCAUUUUCACGAGCGAUUUUCACGAGCGCGCAUUUUCCACUUUUCCACAUUUUCCACAUUUUCCAAUCCACGUUCGGCCGCCGGUGUGGAGAUGGAAGCCGGGCAUAAAAUCGUAAAGGUGAAGCCAAAAAGAGCCGAUGUGACUGCUGGCCAAUGGUGCGAGGAACCGGCGAGUAGCAGCAACAACAAGAAAGCAGCCGCCAAGAGCGCCUUGAUACUGGCCAUGGAACCGCAAAAUCCGUCCCCCACGAAAUACUUUGAUGCCAGUGGUGCAGCCCUGCGGCAGGCCGUGGGAGAGGGGGAACUGAUGCCGGAGGAAGCGGCCUGCCGGAAGUCAACCGGAGCAGAACUGAAGAAGAAAAAAUCGCACACAAUCACAAUCAACUGCUGCAAUUGUGAGAAAAUAUUUGUCUCUCGGUUCGCCUACGAAGCGCAUUAUCGGGCAAGCUAUCAGCAAGAACCGGUCUACCGUUGUCCGGUGUGUGGAAAGCUCAUGGAGCACUACCGGGCCUACCAGCUGCACAGUUACCGGCACAUUAACAGUGCCAACCAGCGCUACACCUGCCAGGAGUGUUUUAAAACGUUCCAUCAAAAGUCCGACUUGGUUCGGCAUGAGAACAGACAUAUCGCCACGAGUCUGGUGUCAGGAGAUGAACAAAAGCCACAGCAAUCGUCCUGCACUAAAUGUGAAGCAUCGUUCGAAACGCAGAUCGAACUGAGGGAACACACGCGCAAAGCACAUCCUCCCCCAAAACAGCUAGUAGAGUGUCCGGAUUGUGGAAAGUAUCUCUCGGCUGGCAGCAUCUACUCGCAUCGCAAAAUACAUUCGGAUACGCCGGCAUUUGCGUGCGGCGAAUGUGGCAGAACGUUUGUGCAGAAGAUAAAUCUGGUGCAGCACUGUAAAACUCACAUCGGUUUGCGACCGUACCAGUGCGAGCAGUGUAAGAAAUCGUUUUGCGAAAAAGCGCACCUGCAGCGGCACCUGAAUCAUCACUCGGAGGAGCGACCCUAUCGGUGUGAGCUGUGUGGCAAGUGCUACAAAACGGAACGCUGCCUGAAGGUACAUUCGGCCGUACACACCACGGAGCGGCCGUUUGUGUGCGGCGAAUGUAACAAAGGGUUUCUGAGCAGCUCGAAGCUCCGCCAGCACAGCAACAUACAUUCGGGAUUGAGACCGUACAAGUGCAACUACUGCACGCGCGAUUUUACCAACUUCCCGAACUGGUUGAAGCACAUCCGGCGCCGUCAUAAGGUAGAUCACCGUACCGGAGAGAAGCUGGACAGUGUACCGAAGUUUAUGACGAAGAAAAAGAGCCCCGAAAAGGAAGCGGAGGGGACGGGAGAAGUCACUAAACCAGUUACACCUCAGAAAACACGUAAACGAUGCACCACGAAGACUGCACCUCCGCUGGCGGAUGUGCUGAAAGAGGAGUCGUUGCCGUACGUCAGCGAAAGCUCCAACAUUGAUCUCAAUCUAGUUUGUAAGGACGAUCUGAUACAACCGCUCACCGGAGAGUUUGAAGACAUUUUCAAAUGUUUGCCUUCCGAUGAGACGAAGCUUAGCAUAAUCGACCCAAAUGGCUGGCAGUUGCUAAGCGACAGCGAUGCUGACCUUUUCCAGUGUGAUCUACAGCAGCCCCACGUGUUGAAUGAGCGAAAAUCGCCCAAUACGGUCCAGUUACCGUUCAAUGAUCUCAUCGAUAGUGAUAUCUCAGGCAACGCCACACUGAGUACGACGAUGGCGUCCGAAACUAUUUCCACGGGUCCAUUACUGUACGAUGCUCAAUCGCCGAUGUUUCCUACACUGAUCUCGAUUUGCGCCGCCGACGAGCCGCAGUUUCGUUUGAUUAACCCUCGCUCUAUACAUGGCAAGGGGGUUGGCAGGGGGGCUCAAUGAUGGCCAAUGACGGUUAUGCUACAGUUUCGGUGUCUAUUAACGAUCGCAUUGAACUGAUGAAGUAGCAAUAACUGUGGAAACCCGUACUGCUGUGGCUUGUGAUAUGACGACGACGAUAGCGAUAACGCAACGCGGAACGGAAGCCUAGCGAGCAAAGAGACAGAAUAUUUUUCCAAGUAUUUUUAAGCAUUUUUGCAACUACAGUUUUC